AAACAGAUCCUCUUCUCUGUUCCUCCCCUGUCCCCGCGCGGCGAAUGGUUCGCGCCGGCCUAUAUUUACCCGAGAUCUUCCUCCCGGACGGCAAGGAUGUGAGGCAGGCGAGCCGGCCACCGCUCGCAGCACCGGAGAGGGCGCGCUGCAAAGGCGGGCAGCAGACCGUGGAGAGCCCGGGAGCGGAGCUGGACACCGCCUCGGAGGGAAGAAAUGAGGUAGCGGCGGUCCCCGGACCCGGCCAUGCCCGUUCCCUGCCCUCGGAGCCCAGCGCCGUCUCGGCCAAGCCAGCCUGGACACUGAGCGGGCCGAGCGCGAGUCCCCGGCGUCCGGCGGAGCGAAGAUGCAGUGAGUCCCCGCGGGACUGCUGCGCGGGGCCCGCCGCGGCCAGCCGGACCCAGCAUCCGACCGCACUUUGGGCGAGUUGCUGACUCUGAGACCAGCCCAGCCGAGGGGCUUUCCGUCUCCAGCACCCCUCGGAGGUGGGGAGCCCCGGCCCCUGGGCACACUGGCUGUAGAGUUUCCGCGGGUUUUGGCCCCAGUUCUGAGGGUUGUGUGUGUUAGGGGACUCUCUUUACGUUCGCCGAGGAGUUCCUGCAUAUUCUCGCACCAUCCCGGGUGCUGUUGCUGGGGCUCUCUUUAUUUAUUUGCACGCGCGCUUCUAGCUUUUUUUCCUGACGUUUUCCACUCCACGCUCGUUCUCUCUCCCUUGCAUUUUGUUGCUUGCCUGAGACUCUUUGCUCUCGCCCUUGCCCAGGCUGGGGUAAUUCUGUGUGCGCGCGUGGCUCCCCCGCACCAACCGUUUUUGCACACUCGAAGCUGAAUAUUUUCUGUUUUAGAAAAUUUACCCCCACCCGCUGCAGG